UUUUCGAACUCCCAAAGGCAGAGGGAAUAGACAGACAGGGUACAUUCCCCAUUUCUUCCUUCCCCCCAAACCCUAGCGCCCCCGCCGCUCCAGUCCCUCCCCCCUCGCCGUCGUGCCCAUGGCGAAGACGCGGCCGCCCAAGAAGAUCCUCGAGUCCUACACCAUCAAGGGGUCCGACAAAGUCAUCAAGCCUGGGGACUGUGUGCUAAUGAGAUCGGUUGAUACAUCAAAGCCACCCUACGUGGCAAGAAUUGAAUCAAUUGAGGCAGCAGGGUCUCGAGGCACAAAUGUGAGAGUACGGGUCCGAUGGUACUACCGGCCAGAGGAAUCCAUGGGUGGGAGGCGACCAUUUCAUGGUUCCAAGGAGGUAUUCCUCUCUGACCACUAUGAUGUACAGAGUGCUGACACUAUAGAGGGAAAAUGCAAUGUUCACAGCUUCCGUAGCUAUACAAAGCUUGAUUCUGUCAAUGCUGAGGACUACUUCUGUCGCUUUGAGUACAAAUCGGCUUCAGGCAGUUUUGUGCCCGACCGUAUAGCUGUGUUUUGCAAGUGUGAGAUGCCAUACAAUCCUGAUGACCUUAUGAUCCAAUGUGAGGAAUGCUCUGACUGGUUUCACCCUUCUUGUAUUGGAAUGACCAUUAAAGAAGCAAAGAAACGCGAGCACUUUUUCUGCCAGAGCUGUACCACUGAAGGACAUGGGAAGACGGCUGAGAAUUCUCAUGAAGCUACGGCGCAGUCAGAAGAAAAGCCGGUGGAGUCGAAAAGGCGGAGAAGGUGAUUGGCCCUGGAUUAAUUUAUGGAAUUUUCACACGGAUGUACAAACUACACGGCCUUUCUGUAGUCUUUGAGGUCUCUGAUGUUAUUUGCCAUGGCAGUCUGACCCUUUUGGUCAGGCAUGCGGUGUACAUAACUUUGCAACCUCUGAUUGUUGUAUUAGGAGAAGACGAUAGUCUGCAUGCUAGUGUUGCCAGUGUCAACUAUCAAGGUCCGUGUUGGGCUUUAGGGCUCCUGUGUGAUCCAGAAGUAUCAUGCAGCUGCCCCUUGCCCGUUUAAGUUUGUGAGAGUCGGUCGAACCUUGUAUCGCCAAGUGGAAUUUAUUUCUUCCUUUUUGAAGAGAUUCGUAGUCGAUGCAGCAUCUCUGUC